AUGCUUUCAGACGUCAAGGCACAAAUCGGUGACAAUAAAAUAGUAUCCGUGUGUCGUCCACGUGCAGAGGCUAAAGAAACGUAUGACAGUGCUGUUGAAGAAGGGCACACAGCAAUCUUGGCCGAACAGGAUGAACAUUGUGCUGAUUUAUUUAAAAUGAACAUCGGGAACAUACCGCCAAAUGGAAAGGUUGCUAUAGUUCUACAAUAUGUUGGACUGAUAGAAGGAAAAAACAUGAAGACAGAUACAUCUAAGUUUAGCCACUCUGAAAUUAUCCUAACUUUGCCAAGCGUUAUCAACCCGCGUUACUACCCGAAAGAAAAAAAGAAUUCCGACGAGUUUGAGCAGUUUACGGAGCUUGUGCUUGUGAAUUCUGUGCCCUACACAAUAACAUUUGAAUCUGAACUUUGGAUGCCGUCAAAAAUUCUGGAUGUCAAAUCAACACGUGAUAGUUUCACUUGGAACUGUACAAACAAUUCUAAUCAUGGCCUUGUCAAACUUUCCUCUGAGUUUAUACCAGAUCAUGAUCUUCAAAUGGUCCUAAGUCUUUCUGAUCCACUUACAUCUCUGGCAUCUCUGGAAUAUGGUGAUCCGAACCAGUCGUCUAUAUUGGCUAUGAACUGUUUGAUGGUACAGCUUUUGCCUGAUAUUCCUAAUGUCGUUAGUUCUAAAGACAUGCGAUAUGAGUUCGUGUUUUUAAUCGAUCGUUCAGGUAGUAUGGAAGUUGUCGUUUUCAAAUUAUUGGCUUCGGGAGUGAUUUUGCUGCUUUAUUUUCAGAACCUACAGACUAUUCUGAAGGAUCGUUAA